CUAUUCAUAUCUAUGGCACCAGCAUCGGCACCGUAUCAAAAUGGCGACAGGCAGCGCAUUCUUGUGACAUUUUCUCUCCAAAGUGCAUUUAGUUGUGAUUUUUCGAAUACUUUAUGCUUAUAUUUCAAUUAGUGCAUGUUUGAAGUAAAACAAUGAGUGAAUGGGCGGGAUUUUCAGAAGACGAGCUGCGGAGAAUGCAACAGAAAGAAUCUAGGCUGGCCAACACGCGCAAGCCGAGACCGGCCAGCAGGGGUGUGCAUCAAAGUCACCGGGAGAGAAGAUUGCACCGGGUGGCUGAUGAAAGUGCAGCGUUGUGUUCUCCUGGACUACCGCCGGACCAGCAGCUCCAUAAAGUGCCGAGCACGGACGAAGCUAAGAUGGCUCCUGCAGCUCCAGCUGUCAAAAAGGAAGAAAUGACACAUGACAAGUGUCGAGAAGAUGUAGUAGAGGAACCACUCCCGGACGUGAAGGAGCUGGAUAAACAACAGAUUCAACUCCGAGACCAGGCUCGCUUGGAGCAACUGCAACAGGAACAGAAGUCGAUGGAAGAGAUGAACAAGCGCAAGAAGGCUCUGCUCACCAAAACCAUCGCUGAGAAGUCCAAACAAACUCAAGCUGAGGCUGUGAAGCUGAAGAGAAUCCAGAAGGAGCUGCAAACCCUGGACGACAUGGUUUCGAACGACGUCUGCAUUCUGAGAGGAAGGAUCGAUGAAGCCAGCUGGGACUACGCCAUCGCCAGAAAGCGCUACGAGAAGGCAGAGGCGGAGUACGUGACGGCCAAGAUGGACCUCCACAAGAAGUCGGAGGUGAAGGAGCAGCUGACAGAGCAUCUCUUUGCCAUCAUCCAACAGAACGAGCUGCGUAAAGCUCACAAGCUGGAGGAGCUCAUGCACCAGCUGCAGCUGGAGGCCACCGAGGAGGAGCUGGAAAGGCAGAGGGUGGAAGACGAGAAGACAUUAGAGCCAGCGAGACCUCAGGAGAACGGCGUCACGGACAAUCAGGAGACAACGGCGCAGUCCGUACCUGCACAAGAGGAACAUCAGGAGGAAGACAGCGGCGUCCACGUGGACCAAACUCACCCCCGGGAAGAUUUCCAAACAGCGCAGACGUGACUUGUGUCAUUUUUUAUGGACGUUUUAAGCAGAUUUGUAUAAAAAAAAAAUAUAUUAUUGAAUCAGUGGGAUGGAUUCUAAUACAAAUGGUGGUGGGAAAAGCCUACGGAGGUUCGACAAUCAUUUUUAUUGAUGCUCUUGUUGCGAUUGGACCAGAUCUUCUGCUGGUCCCCCACCAGGUUUGUUUGAUGACACAUAAGCUGGUUUUAAAUGAAUCCCAGACAGAGUAGCUUAUUUUGAUAUUUUAUUCCAAAGCUUUGGGAGACCAUCUAUGCACAACACAUUCAACUCGCAUCGCCCUAGUUGAUCUGAAAACAUUACGGAAGCGCUGUCUUUUUCACAACCCCACUUGCCCCUUCCCCUCCAGUGCAAAUCCACAUCUCUUCUCCUUCUAAGCCUGGGACAUUUGAGAUAAGAAGGGUGUUAUGGCUGCUAGUUACAUUCCAAGCUUCAAGAUCUACGCAUGCCCAACACUUAUCUGUUUUCAAAUGACUAGGACCUAAAAAGAUAUCUAUCUCCGUCACUCUCCAGUCCAGUCUUGUGCAGGUCAAUCGUGUACAAACCCCGUUCCAUAUGAGUUGGGAAAUUGUGUUAGAUGUAAAUAUAAAAGGAAUACAAUGAUUUGCAAAUAAUUUUCAGCCCAUAUUCAGUUGCUACAAAGACAACACAUUUGAUGUUCAAACUGAUAAACUUUUUUUUUUUAUGCAAACAAUCAUUAGCUUUAGAAUUUGAUGCCAGCAACACAUGCCAAAGAAGUUGGGAAAAGUGGCAAUACAUACUGAUAAAGUUGAGGAAUGCUCAUCAAACACUCAUUUGGAAAAUCCCACAGGUGUGCAGGCUAAUUGGGAACAGGUGGGUGCCAUGAUUGGGUAUAAAAACAGAUCCCAAAAAUCCUCAAUCUUUCACAAGAAAUGAUGGGGCGAGGUACACCCCUUUGUCCACAACUGCGUGAGCAAAUAGUCAAACAGUUUAAGAAGAACGUUUCUCAAAAGUGUAAUUGCAGGAAAUUUAGGGAUUUCAACAUCUACGGUCCAUAAUAUCAUCAAAAGGUUCAGAGAAUCUGGAGAAAUCACUCCACGUAAGCGGCAUGGCCGGAAACCAACAUUGAAUGACCAUGACCUCGAUCCCUCAGACGGCACUGUAUCAAAAUCCGACAUCAAUGUCUAAAGGAUAUCACCACAUGGGCUCAGGAACACUUCAGAAAACCAUGGUCACUAAAUACAGUUUGUCGCUACAUCUGUAAGUGCAAGUUAAAGCUCUACUAUGCAAAAAGAACGCCAUUUAUAAACAACAUCCAAACACGCCGCCGGCUUCUCUGGACCCGAGAUCAUCUAAGAUGUACUGAUGCAAAGUGGAAAAGUGUUCUGUGGUCUGACGAGUCCACAUUUCAAAUUGUUUUUGGAAAUAUUUGACAUUGUGUCAUCCGGACCAAAGGGGAAGCGAACCAUCCAGACUGUUAUCGACGCAAAGUUCAAAAGCCAACAUCCGUGAUGGUAUGGGGGUGCAUUAGUGCCCAAGGCAUGGGUAACUUACACAUCUGUGAAGGCACCAUUAAUGCUGAAAGGUACAUACAGGUUUUGGAACAACAUAUGCUGCCAUCUAAGCGCCGUCUUUUUCAUGGACGCUCCUGCUUAUUUCAGCAAGACAAUGCCAAGCCACAUUCAGCACGUGUUACAACAGCGUGGCUUCGUAAAAAAAAAAAGUGCGGGUACUUUCCUGGCCCGCCUGCAGUCCAGACCUGUCUCCCAUCAAAAAUGUGUGGCACAUUAUGAAGCGUAAAAUACGACAGCGGAGACCCCGGACUGUUGAACGACUAAAGCUCUACAUAAAACAAGAAUGGGAAAUAAUUCCACUUUCAGAGCUUCAAGAAUUAGUUUCUUCAGUUCCCAAACGUUUGAGUGUUGUUAAAAUAAAAGGUGAUGUAACACAGCAGUGAACAUGCCCUUUCCCAACUACUUUGGCACGUGUUGCAGCCAUGAAAUUCUUAGUUAAUUAUUUUUUGAAAAAAAAACAACAAAGUUUAUGAGUUUGAACAUCAACUAUCUUGUCUUUGUAGUGCAUUCAACUGAAUAUGGGUUGAAAAGGAUUUGCAAAUCAUUGUAUUCCGUUUAUAUUUACAUCUAACACAAUUUCCCAACUCAAGGAAACGGGGUUUGUAUAUAAACUUAAUAUCAGGUUGUAGUUUUUAUACUGUGUACCAUUAAGUAAUGGAUUUUUGGGAGGCGUUUAUUUUUGUUAAACACAAUAUGAUGUCUUAGUGAGAGGAAUAAUCACAAUGUUGAUGCACACGGCACUUUUUUAGCCAUGAAGUCUAGUAAAAUGUUUGGCAAGCUUUUUAAUAAGGAGCUCGAAGAAAAAAAUGGAAGUGUCGCUGCUUUUUUUUUUUUUUUACUGCUCGUACCAAUAAUUGACAUUCUUUUCUUCAUGCCACCGUCUCCACAAAAACUACACACACUGCAGCACUUUAUUAAUAUUUCCAUGCACAAAUUGUGUGUGUGUGUGUGUCUGCGGGCGCCACAAUGGUUGCCCAAUAAUGCUCCCCAAGGGAAAGGUUUAAAAGGCUGCACACACAAUGUUUUGUACGUUACAUGUGACAAACAUGAGCUCAUAAUAUACGCAUACAUGUUAACUGUUGGGUAUGUUGAUCCAAGCAUUAUUAACGGUUGUACAAUUCUUGUGGGGAAAACACACAUGCUUCCAUGUCGAGGCUUUUGUAAUAAAUUGGCAGUUUGUAUGAAA